UCCAAGGCCUCCAAGCAAAACACGAAAAACGCAAACAAGGACGAGGAGAACGAAGAACAGAUCUACGAUUGUCGUGUUUUUUUGCCGAAUUUCAGCCAAACUUUCUUGAGGAACUUAAGGUAUUGUAGAUUAAUCAUCGUCAUGGAAAACAUUGUCCUGGAGGUUACGAGUAACCCUAACACUGCUGAGGUUGAGGAGAAACUCGUCUGGAAAUCAUACGCCACAGACAUCUCUUUCUUUUUUUCGGACUUCAUGAAGGGAUGCGAGUUGGUCGACACCACUCUGGUUGCAGGCGGAGAGAAGAUUAGGGUGCACAAGAUGGUUCUUUCAGCAACCAGCAGCUUCCUGAAGAAAGUUUUAAUGGAGGUAGACACUCCAGAACCAUGCAUCAUUUUGCCUAGUGAAGUAAAAAUCGAAGAGUUGAAAUUGCUGGUCGACUUUAUCUACCGAGGUGAAAUAAGGUUCAUGAUGUCUCAGCUCCCGUCUCUCUCCAAACUGGCUCAAAUGCUUGGCAUCCCUGGUCUGCCAGGAUUUACGGAAGUUGUUUUCAAUAAUUCAAAUGAGGAAAAGGAUCCUGAUAAAGUGACAUGGAUUGUCGAUGAGACUCAGGAGGUUGAAGUGUUUGAUGAUGAUGAAAUUGAAGAGACCUCCAGCAGAACAGUCUCACCUGAAAUCAAAGAUUCUCUUCUUGAAGAAGAACAGAAGGAUUCUGUUCCUCGGACUGGACCUCCAGGAAAGCGUUGCAGGGCUCCAUCCAGCAUCUCCUAUAGUCAGUCCGACAUUGACGAGGGUUUUAGGCUCUUGCAGAGCGGAAAAUCAAUUGGACAGGCAUCCAGAAUGACGGGGGUUCCACGAACUACCCUGUAUAACAAAGCAAAGAUGAGUGGAGUUAUCGCCAUGCAGGACAAGACUAAGAACUACACAGAAGAGCAGAUGGAUAGAGCUAUAAAGGCUGUUAUUAAUGGCCAGUCUUUGAAUAGAGCUGCUGAAUUUUAUGGCGUGACAAAAACUGUUCUGUGGAGGCGUUCCAAGGGGUUGAAGCCCGACUCCAGCUUAAAGAUAAAAACUUCCUGCUACACCAGGGCUCAAAAAAUGGCAGCAGUGGAUGCUUUGAAAAAAGGCGAAAGGACAAGGAAAGUUGCUCAGGAAUUUGGAAUUCCACCAGCAACUCUGUAUAGAGAAAAGGUCAAGCUGGUCCAAAAAGGAGCUCUUCCGAAGGAUGCGAUCAAAAAGCGACCGCUGGAGGAAGUUUUGGACAGGCAAAUCAGAGUGCAACAGGCAGUUGCAGCUUGCAAGGAAGGCAAAAUGUCACAGUCGUCUGCAGCAUCACACUUUGAUGUUCCCAAAACCACAAUCUGGAGGCACCUCCGAACAGUUACUGAAGCACCUAAAGUUGAUGUGGACGGUUCUUCAAUGUCCGUCAGCAGCUCGCCAAAGGAUAGUGACGUUGACUAUCACACUUUUGUGAUUGAAGGUACAAAUCUGAAGCUGAUUAGUGAGGACGACACAAUGUCGAUGGGACCAUCGCACUACAUUGUGUUGUCGGGAAAUGAGACAGACAGCUUGCCAGGAAGCCUGCAGGUCAUGCUUCCUCAGAAUGAUGAGGGCAGUGUAGUCUGCGAAGUAGAGGAAUUGACUGAGGAGGUUGAAAUGGAUGAGACGAUUAACGAAGCUGGUGGGAAGGCCUAACUUGAAGUUUAACCAGUCAUGUACAAAAUAUUUUUUACACUUGAAAGUCUGAUAAUAUUUUUUUGAAAUAAAUUCAAAUUGAACACUUACCAAUGAC